CUGAACCCCAGUGCGAGACGCCAGAAGCCAGAAGCCUGAAGGGACAGCUAUGCCCAUAUCCCCAAGGUGAAGUUGUCGAGACCACCGCAGUACUUCGUACAUAUCGCACCUCCGUCAUAUCACAGCACCCUCCGUUCACCAUGGCAAACUCCGCCGAGAAGAUCUCGGUCUACAACCUCGCAGACCUCAAGAACACCUCUGACGACGCCAUCCCCAACUACCUCAACUCCCUCAAGUUCAAGCAGUCCCACUUCCUCACCGACGUGCGCCUGGCCCUCGGUUACAGCGCAUUUGCCCUCGCCGCCGCCUGCUUCCUCUGGGACUACAAGCUCGGCUUCCAGAACACCAAGCACUUCACAGCUGCCGCCGUCGCCGUCUACACUCUCAUCAACACAGCCCUGACGUUAUGGAUCACUGUCCGCGAGAAGGGGAUUGUGUAUGAGGGCGCUGCCCCGUCCGGCGAAUCGAUUUCCAUCACCACCUCCACCAAGAAGAACGUCCCCGUAUAUAACCUCACCAUCACUGUCACCAGCAAAGACUCGAACAAGCGUGCCGUCAAGAUCGCCAAGCCCUUCUCCAGCUGGUUCGACCAGACUGGCCAGUUCGUCGCCAUCCCCUUCCAGGAGAUGCUCGCCUCUUCUGUGCCCCUCAUCGGCAAGAGUGACCCUAAGCGUGUCACUGUCUCCCAGGAGCUGCUCGAUGCGAGCCCGGACGUCCUCGAUGCCAUCCUUGCCGCCAACUCAGCGGCUGCAGUGGGAAGCUCAACGGCCGCCGAGGCUGCUGGCAAGCAGGGAGGCAAGAGGCGGAAGGCCUAGGGAGAGACUAUCGUGGGGAGUUCGGUCAAAGGGGGAAAAUAGGGAAACAAAAUACGCAACGUGUGUAGGAUACGGCGUUCAGAAGGGAACGUUAUCUUGAUACCAUUGCAUUGACGAGAUUGGCCAUGACAUCUAACCAUCAUGAGCUCCUGUUUGUCGAAGCAGUACACCGCAACUGAAAU